CGACAGUUAGUCUCGGUUUGAACUCACCCUAGGAGGAGCACAUCAGGCAAUGCCUUUAAGAACAGCGCCACAUGACGAAGUGUCAAAUUUACAUUAUAGCAAACUCUUUUCUCUGGAGUGGAACUGAAUAUAUGAAAAGGAUCUCUUUGCUUCAAUGUGUGUGACAGAGGAGUCUGGUGUUUUCCAUUGUCAAACACGUACCAGAUGACCAUCCUUGUGUCAACCCUGAUUCAGAGCAAAGCUAAGGUAGGUAAAGUGUCUGUGUGUACUUAUGUUCCUGAGCUUCCCUCUGACCAUGGCUGAAGUCCCUGGUCCAUGCAGACACUCCAUUACUAGGGAACACCUGCUGACAGUCAGGCAUCUGAUGGAUAACCAGUUGAGAAGUGGAUGCACGAUAUCCUACACAUUCAUAGAACAGAGAAGUUUGAGUAAAUGUUGCUUUGUUAAAGCUGCUUUACCCUGGACCUUUGAGCUCCUUACCACUCACUUCAAAUACAGUCGCGGUUCAGUCAACGAUGGCUAUGUUCAGUCCCUGAGAGCGCUCAUCCUCAACAUCUACUCUCAGAAAUGUGUGCCUCAGAUAAAUGAAGAGGUUGAGGAUAAGCCAGAGAGUUUUGAGAUGCUCUACAGAGGGUCUACUUCAGAGGCGCUGCAGAAAGCUUCAGAGGUGCUGUCUGUUUACUGGGAGCUGGUGACAACGAGCGAUGCACCAGUAGACUGGAGAUGCCAGAAUGAAUACACAGAAAACUUUGACUCUACCACAAAGCUAUACACAGAGUCACCUACAGAAUAUUUUACAGACAGUUAUGGUAGCAUCUCGGUGAAGGCCUCACAGAGACGAGCAGACAGAGACCUGUACAAGCUUGGAUUCAUCAUCGUCUCCAUCUGCGGAGGGCUGCUGUUCAUACUCACUCUCUAUUGUCUCAUCACAAAAAAGAAAACUCACAACCCUCACAGAUCAAGAUCGUAUACAAACUCAAGCAGAGACCUGCAGGACAUAGAGAUGGAGCAACAAUAAUCCAGUAAAGAACACAUCGCUGAAGCUGCACAUUGUAUCCGUCUGUACACUUUUUAAUAUCAGUAUUUUGUGUGUAAUGUAUCAUGCUCGCUUAUUUAAUCAGAAGCUUGGCUUUGACUGAGAGCAAACAUGGGCCUUAUUUGGAAUAAUAUGGUAUGUAUAUUGUGUUUAUGCAUUAAGUAUUGCAGAUAUCUUUUCACUAAAAAAGUUUUAUUUUUACACUAGUUAUGUAUGUUGAAUAAUGUGUCUCAAUUUGCUACAACUUAACCAACUGUUUGUAUUGUUGUUUUCCAAAUAUUUCCACAAGUUAUUUAUUAGUUUGACCAUACACUCACCGUAUUGAUAAUAAAGGUUCCAUAAAUACAAAAUAUAAUACUCUCACGUUUUCUAGCUAUUCAUUUAGGAGCACAAGGAAAUCAAUUGUUAAUAAUGAUAUGGGCUGCUUACUAGCCUACAUUGGGUUUGAGUUUACACUUUAUGGGGAGUCAAACGUGUUUUUAUUCAAGUCAAAGGGUCUUCCCACUGAUUUGGGAAGUGGUUUAGUUCACCUCAUUAUCAGCCUACAUUGUUGAUCAACACACAGUCUUGCCAACUUUUAAAACUCAUGACCAAAGAAAACAAAACAGUGUGGUUUCAACAAGUCCUCUGGAGAAUAUUCUGUUAAUGAUCAAACACAUAGAGCUGUUGUUACUGGCAGAGAGGUUGAGAUACAAUAUCAAUAGAUACACACCAGUCGCUGCUGCAGCUACACAAGAAAUGUCUUCACUGCACAGGGCGUGACAGCAGGAGUUGGUGGGAAUAACAUUCUACUAUCCAUUACUCAUAUGCAUGCAUGAGACUUUAUCAUUACUGCAUGGUAGUGGCACAUAAUUAAUACUGAGAAAGAUUGUGAGAUAGACAGAAAGCUAUAACACUUUGUACAAUGUGCACUUGCAACACUUUGUUGCAAUAUGGUCAGGCCAAUAAAGACAUUUGAGACAGAACGAGACACAUGGAGAGGCAGAGAGAGAGAAAGAGGGAGAGGGGGUGCAUUCCCUCCUGUUGUAAUAACUUUCACUCAUGUUUACUCAAAGCUGGUCCUGCCCUGUGUUAUAAUCAUAAAUUGCAUAACGUCUGAGUUCUACACACAGUGAAAUGUAUGUGUCUCGGAGAGGACCACACCAGUAAAAGAUUCCCACAUGUGAUUGUGUGCAUGUGUGCUGGUCUGUAUUUUUUGUUUUGGAAGAAUCUGUGUAGGAAGCAGAGAAGGAAAAAACAACGCAGUUCUACGCCACAGCCGCUGCAGAACCAUGUACAGCCAGCAAUAUAUCAUAAUCCAUAACACACUUAAUUUAACAGUCUACCGCUUAUCAGUGCGUAAAACGUAGGCAGUAAUCCAUUCUUCGUCACGAGACUUUGCCCCAUGACAAAACAAGGAAAAUAUUUCUAUAAUUCAAUUGAGUGCCUUUCUGAAGAGUAUUAAAGGCAGCUGUGCAAGAUGAAAAGGCAAGUUGUCUUCAAUGUGGGAACUGCCUUAGACCAGUUAGAAUUGUCAAAGUAGCUGCCGCCCAUUUUCUCUCCCCCAAUCUCUUUGCUGCUUUUACGUUCAAAUUAGCGGAAACAUAACAUUUUACAGCUACAAAUAUAUCACAGUAAAGGGCACAAAAAAUCUGAAGGCGUGUUUUUUUCACUAAGAUUUAAUAAUAAGUAUAAAGUGGUGCAUUCCAAGAUCAGAUUAAAUUUCACAAUAAUGUAUGAUACAUCACUUUCUUGCUAAGUGGUUGCAAACUGAAUUGCAUCAAUUCUCAUAUUCUAAAUCCUGACUUUAGCUAGUGUACACAUUGUCUCAGAAGUUACACCCAAAGAAGUCUUUUGAAAAGCGAGUGUUAAAGUAACCAAAACACAACAGCUUAAAUAACCCAACAACAAUGCAGACAUAGGAUGCAGCCAUUAUAGAAAAACAUACAUGAUUUUCAUUGGCUAAUUCAGAGGCUCAUUAUAGGAGUAACACACCCUACCUGUAGACAUAAACACCUCAUUAUAAAACUUUUACUGUUGAUAAUGAAAAUACAAUGAACAGUGGAAAGGUUUCCAAUAAACUGUCACCGACUCAAACUGUUUACUAUAGAAGGCAUGGUCAUUUUAAUUAGUUUAUGUGACCUUGCCAAAUAACAUUAUUAAUAAUGAUAAUCUUGGCCGCCUAAUCAGCAGUUUUAUCACCUUGUGCCACAUGGUGGAGGUAAAGGUCCAAACUGAAUCACCAGCUGAUGACAGGAUGUUUUUUACAGGUUAUACUUUUCCUGUAAAAAAGCAGAACCUGUGAUCAUCAGCUCCUUGGUAUUUAUGAUGGUCCUAUUAUUUUUGCCAGAAUACCGGAUCUGAUAAUAGAAAGGAUGUCAGUCAUCUGGCCUUUGUAAAUGUUGUCCUUGUGAUCCAUAUGCCUGUCAUCUGGAUAGGUGAUUAUACAGCUCUGGUAUUUCCCGUUGACUAAUACUGGAAUUGUUUAAUCGUUUAAUUAUUGAAAAAACAGCUUUCAUAACAUUGCAUUUUCUUGAAUAUGUGUUGAUGGACUGGAAUUUUAACGUCUAGGCUGAAUGUAGUGACAGGCAAAGAGAGGUUGGAGAGGGAUAACAGAUAAAGCAAGACAUCGGAUGAGUUAAGAGAUAUCACAGAGAGUGCAGGAAGAGCUAAACCUCAAUAAAGCCAACGUGCCGCAAACAGUAGGCAGCCUCGGCAGGAAUGUCUUUGGCACUGAUCUCAUUGGCAUCCAAGCGCAGCAUUCUCAGACUGGAGAAGUUUGUCAUGUCGGUGGUCUCGCAGAAACUGCUCAGGGAGAACUCUGAAAGACACAUGAGAGAAAUAUGAAGGGAGGCUGCAUGUUCUUGUUGUCCUGUGAGACUUUCCAAGCAAAGACCAGUUUGUUCACAUCACAGUCUCCUACCAAACAAGGCCAAAUGAAAUGUGCUGUAUAAUUCAGCUGGGGGUUUAAGUAUGUCUUUAUAAGAAGGGCUGGGAUAACUGUAUUUCUCAGAAUCCAUAAUAAAGCCACUCUUUUUGAUUAAA